UCCAUUCAGGCCAUAAUUGUGAGUCCAACCGGCUGGGCAAAUGCUGCAACAAUUGAUUCUGUGUAUGAUUUGCUUCAUAUGAUGGGUCGUGAUGACAUUCCUGUUGGCCUUGGAGACGUAUUUGCAAUGAACCAGUCUGAUCCUGUAUUCUCUGCAGUUGGUGACUGCAAGUUUAACAAGGUAAUUCCACAAGGCAGCGGUGGAUUUCUCGACUCAGACACUCUUUAUGGAUUAUCUCGUUUGUUGCCUCGAAGUCCUCGCAGAUAUACAGCUGAAAAUUCUGUGAAAUUUGGGGCUCCUAGGGACACCGAUCAUCCUGAACUCAGACAACCUCUGGCACUAGAAGUAUGGGACUCCGUCGUGAAAUCACUUCAUCCAGGAUCCAAGGUUACCAUUUUAACCAAUGGCCCAUUGACCAACAUAGCUCAGAUUGUUUUCGCAGGCAAGAAUAUGACCACCGUGAUCAAGGAUAUACUAAUUGUUGGAGGGCACAUCAAUCAUGACAACACUGAUAAGGGAAAUGUGUUCAAUGCUCCCUCAAAUAAAUUUGCGGAACUGAAUAUGUUUCUUGACCCACUGGCGGCAAAAACAGUUUUGAGUUCAGAACUCAAUAUCACUCUCAUUCCACUUGGCGUACAACGGAAUGUCAGUGCAUUUCCUAAGAUUCAUAAAAGACUUAGCACAACUAAGAAGACACCUGAAGCUAUCUUUGCAAAACGUUUACUGUCAAGGUUACGCUCCCUGCAAAAAACACAUCCUAGAUACAAGCAUAUGGAUAUAUUUCUUGGAGAAAUCCUUGGAGCAGUAAUUUUGGGUGGUGAUAGUUCUGUACUAAAAUCAACAUUUGAUUUCAAGAACAUUAAAGUCAUUGCCACGGGCUACGAAUCUGUAGAUGGACAGAUAAUUAUCGACGAAAAGCAAGGCAAAUCAGUGAAAGUAUUGGAGAAUGUGGAUCAUUUAGCUUAUUACAAUGUGUUUGCAAAUACAGUAAAUGACGAAAAGCAGUCUGCUGUAGUUGGAAGUUUUGAUGAGCAAAGAAGAGUUUGGAGCGCACCAUCUAAUAGAAAUUAAACUGCCCAUUCAUUAGUAAUCAGAUAGGAGAGGGCCAAAAAUGGAAAAACAGUAUUUCUCUUGCUACAUUUAGCAAUUGAAUUAAUUAUGCUUGUGAAUUAAUUGGUUUGAGGUUCAGCUUAAUAUAUACUGAAAUUUUGGUAAUUUUCACAUGCUUGUUCUU